AUGACUGGCCUCUUCUACCCACAUCCCCACUCGCUCCUCCUCCCCAUCUUCUUCAUCGCCCUACAUGCGGCUGCACAAUCUAGUAAUCCAAUUUCCCCCCAUUGCCUUCCACGCUACUGCGGUGAUGUCCUUAUCAGCUACCCCUUUUGGAUCAUCGACACUGAAUCUACCACCCAGUAUUGCGGUUAUGAAGGCUUCGGAAUCAACUGCCCCGCCAUCGGAGAUGGUAUUCUUCCCGAAAUUACUUUGGGCGGCGAUUUGUACUACGUCCGGUGGAUAAACCAAGAUAGUAUCCUCCUCUCCGACAGCAACGUUUCUUUAGCUGUCCCAGGCCCCCCCAAGCCCAACCACUGCCCUAGGGUGCGCCAUGGGAUUAACUUACAAACCUUACCUCUCAAUUUUACGACGAGCAACACUAAUCUUAGUUUUCACUUCAACUGCACUCGGUGUCCUUCUUUUGCAACUGAGAUACAGAUGCCGUGCUUCUUCGAAAGAAAUGAGAGAAAGGCGUGUGUUCAUGUUAUGAAUACCAUUACCGAAGAAGCUGAGUACUCAUGCACUGAGAAAGUGGUAACAACAGUGGUCCAUGCGCAUAUCAAUGAAUUUCCCAAUCUUUCGAUGCAAUUGGGUGAUAUCUUGCCAAAAGGAUUCGAGCUAGAAUGGUCUAGGAUGGAUGGUUGCGAAAAGUGCGAAGAGUCUGAUGGUCGGUGUGGUUGGCACAACACCACCGGGCUCAUUUGUUUUUGCUCCGACGGUAUGAACAGCCGGGGCGAAUGUAAAGUCAUCGUUUGCUUGCUAAUUAGCACGGUCUUUGGUGAUCACAUUUGA